CCAUAUCUAUCAACAAUGUGCUUAGUUCCGAUGUGAGUUCCUUUACUAUGGUUAACUACUGAUCUGUACUUUUGUGUAUGGUUCCAACCAAGCAGUAGGGAGAGCCAAAGUUUUUUAGUCUUUUCUUGUUGAGUGUGGUUUUGGUAGUACUGUGAUGGAGACAUUUUGAUUUAGAUGGGGUCUUGUUUCUUUCUUUCCUGCAAGCUUAAGCACUGUAUAAUAGGUUUUCCUAGUGGUUGCCUCCUGCUGCGGUCUUGAAUUGCUGUAGGAACAGGAACUUGAGAGUUUCUUGUGCAUAUGCUAUAACUGGAUGCUCUAGUUUGGUUGCUGAACCAUAUAAGAUAGCUUAGAAAGUAACUGCAGUCCAAACUAUUGAAGGCUGAAGCUACUGAUCAACCAACACUAAUUCUCCUUUUCUGCUUUUAUGUCCUGUUUUCAUUAACUCGGUUGAACCAUGUAAGAUAUGCUCUAGUUUGGUUGCUUUUAUGUCCUGUUUUCAUUUACUCUGUUGUUGUUUAGGUCGAGUGUGAUGAUGCUGGAAUGGAUUCCUCAAGUGGGGAAGAGAUGGAAGUUGAAAUGGAUGCAAGUACGAGCAAGGUGGCUGCUAGUGAUCAUACUGGUUCAGCUUCGACUCAUAUUGAGUCACCAAUGCCAAGAUUCAGAGGAGAUUGACAAUAUCGAUGAAGAGUUGAGUAUGAUAAUGAAGGCUAUUGGUAUCUCUGAUGUUCCUAUUCCUCGUAUGAGUCCUAAUGUAGAGGCAAGCGCAAACACAUAAGGUAGCAUUUGAACCUAAUCAUUAUUGCGAUUUCCGAGCUACCUUGCUUAUUUUGGAUACUUAGUGAAACUGUAUUACAUUUGAAGUUGCUAUGUUUAAGAUCUUUGUAAAGAUACAUGUCAAUGCUCUAUCUUCCCUGUCCCCAGAUUCAUUCCCAAUCCGGAGAAGCCUUGAUAAUACUAAAUUGAAAAAAAAAUUCUUUGUGAAGAGUACUUGAUUCGGUUUCACGUUCUGGCAGUGAUCUUAGUUGUCUGCCUGUUUCUGUUCUUGAGUUUUGAGACUCCACUUUGCAACCCUAAGGCUCCUGUCCUGUGGGUUCUUUUGCACUCUCAUCCUAGACAGGGCUAGCUUCUUUAGAUCUGCCAAAUAUUAGUUAUCUUUUCUGCAACCUGAUAUCAUCAAGCAAAUAUAAACCAGUCAAUUGCUAUCUCUUGAAAAAACCACAUAAUAUGGCAUGUCAAUGCUAUAGCAAUAUCAGUCUCGGAUUUCCUUUUCUACAAGCUGCCAUCUCAAACAUUAGCUAGGCAUUGCCUUCUUGCUUUGUACUGCUUUGGUUCAGUUUGAAAGGCUGUUUGAACUUUGAAGUUGCUAUGAUGUUUGUAUGAACAGAGAAGGUGAAAUAUUGUAGUCUGGAACUCUCACUUGGAUCAUUGGACUUUAAUCAAGCUUGAUCACCAUUGGUCUGCUUUCCUUUUUAUCUUCUUGGUGCUGUUACAUUUCUGGAGUUCCCAAUAAUGAUGUGUUAACUUAGUGGAGACUUGUAUUUGAAGCUAACUUGCAUGUUGUUCUAUUAACAGGUGGUUCCAGCUUAGGCUCUUCCUCCAAUAUGUGUUUUCAGGUUGAUGGAAACUACACAGAAGCUGUCAAAGUCGUCAAAGUCAGAGCUUCUAGAAGACGGUGUAGAUGGGUAGUCAAAGAAGGAAGUCCCUAACUUUCUUGUGUUUCUUGUGUCUGUAAUUGUUUCGAGAGGUUCAAAUUGUAGUGUUAAUGGAUUAGUCUACUUCUCAAUUUAGCAUUACUUGCUACUGGUUAUUUACUUAGUUGUGGAAACAGUUGCAGUAGCUAAGGGCCCCUGAUGGUUCCAUCUAUUUUUAAGAGGCACUGAUAUUGUGUAAUGUGUAGAGGGAACUUGGCAAUGGCAUGCUCUGUUUUGGUGACAGGAAAACAGAGUCGCCAGCUCCAACAGUAACAGUUUGCGAUUUUUGGCAUGCUCUGUUAAACAAAGUCUGUUUCUUGAUUCAGUUCUUGAUUUUGGCAUGCUAUGUUUUAGAUACGUUGUACAAAUCAUAAUGAAUUGCGGUCAAAAUGCGGUGCGGUCUAAAUCGUUCCAAACCACUAAUUUAUGCGGUUUGGUUUGACCGCACCGAUAACUUAGCGGUCGAACAUGCGGCGGGAUCCAAUUAAGAUGCGGUGCGGUUUAUAUGAAUGCGGUGCGAUGCGGUCCGAACCGCACCGAUACACACCCCUACAUGGUAUUGAGCGACGACUUGGACUUUGGUUGUUCAGGAGUUGCACCUGCCUUUGAAGAUGCUGGUUCCUAUCUGGAAGGCAUUGUGUGGCUCUGUGUCUGGAGAUAAUGACUCUUCUGUACAUUCAAAUGUAGAAGAUCAUGAACAGAGUGUCUGACAAAUUGGAUUAUCAGAUCAAGGAAAGAAGAAGAGCUGAAAAUUUUAAGUCACUAUGGGUUUAUGGGACUUUCCUUCUUAUACCAGUCUUUCCCCUGAUCCGAGUCCGAGGAUGAAAAGGACAAAAAAAAAAGUAUAAGAGGGACAAAUAAAAGGACACGAAACAU